UAUUAAAAACUAAACAUAAUUGCUUUAUCAAAAUGCAUAUCUUUUGGAGAAAUAUAUGACACUUAAAGCUGACAUCCACACUCGAACGAUAUUCUGGUCAGACUCAUCAUCUGUGACUGAAAAUAAUCCAUGAAAAGAGUCAAUUAGUGCCAGUAAAGGGCUCAUUUCAGGUCUUUUCGGUUGACACAAGAAAAGAUGAAUCAACAUACAAUCUAAGCCGAUGAUGGGUGACACUAUGGUAAAAAGGCAAACAAGACCAUCCUUCAGCGCUAUUGUAGAAGACUUCUCUGAGAAAACUACAGCCCACGGAAUGAAUCAAAUAUACAGCGCACAAAACUAUAUAUGGCGAACUCUCUGGAUUUUAGCAUUUUUGACAAGCUUUGGGAUGCUAAUAUUUCAAGCGUCGACCCUUAUCAUGACUUAUAUGAACAAACCGGUACAGUCUACUAUUGAUGUGUCUUACYCAGAGGUCCAUCAUCAGGGAAUAUGGUGUUACAAUUGAAGAAACGACUAAACUGAUAACAUGCGAAACCAGCGUAACCAGAUAGAGCUAAAAGAAAGAAAAAUAACAGACUAUCACUUUCCCAAUGGUCACCAUAUGCAAUCUUAACGCCAUUAAAAACUCCAAGAUGCACUCCUUUCCUGACAUCCACCAACUCUUCAUGAAAUACAAAGCACAGGCCAAAUCAAACAACACGAUGAAUGAAACGUCUUUUAGGCAUGGACAAAGAAAAGAAAAACGUGAUGAAGGAGAAACUUUCCAUGAACGAYGGAAGCCAACCCUUCCUAAGUGACGUGGAAAUGGAUCCCGAUGAACUAGUGCAGGAUGAAUUACUAAGCAUCCUAUCCGACCAAAACAGGGAGCUCCUGAUCCAAUCAGGACAUGGCUUUGAGGAAAUGAUAUUUCGGUGUUCUUGGUUCGGCUUUAGCUGUAACGAAGGUGAUUUUCUAAAGUACUGGCGUCAUGGUUGGAACUGGCGAUAUGGUAAUUGUUACACAUUUAAUGCAGGAGUAAGUGAAAGUGGCUCUCACGUGCCUCCACUGAAUAUCUCAAAGCCAGGACCAAUGUUUGRGUUGACACUGGAUUUAUAUAUUAACCAAGAGGAGUAUGUCGGCGUUCUUAGUCAAGAGGCAGGCGUUAAAGUGUUGCUCACUGAUCAAAGACAAAUCCCCUUUCCUUUUACUCACGGCUUUACUGUAUCCCCUGGUUCGUCUGCUUCUAUAGGAGUAAGGAAGUUUGUUAUCGAACGCAUCGAUCCAUUUCGUAAUAACAGCUGUUAUAAUGGAGAUUCACUGGAAGCCUAUUCCAUCUACAAGGACAUUAAGGGUGCUUCCUAUUCUGUACAGGGUUGUAUGAACUCUUGUCUGGGGAAUAAACUCGCAUGUGUGAUGGAUGUUACAAAAGCUUAUCAGAACGGAAGUCUUGGAUGUUCUGAUCAAUGUCCGCAGRCAUGCAGGUAUGAGACAUACAGAACCACUAUUUCAUCUUCACAAUGGUCUGAAAAAUAUCAGGAAGAUUUUAUGAGAAAGAUCAUGAAAUCGAAACGAGGCUUUUCACCUAAAAUGCACACUGAUGAAAAUGAGAUGAGGAAAAAUUUUCUCCGUCUGAAGAUUUUCUUUGAUGAACUCAAUCUAGAAAGCAUCACCUACAGUAGAUCCUAUCCGAUUGAGAGUCUUCUAGGUGACAUUGGUGGACAACUUGGUUUGUGGGUCGGAAUUUCAGCCAUAACUCGCUGCGAGAUUUUCAAACUCCUCUUGGACAUGGCUUCAUAUUUGUGGAAAAAAAUAGUUAUACGCGAAGAAAAAAGAGCAAUCAGAGAUCUGGCUCUGACUUGACUCGUUCAUUCAAUGUACAGCGUCAUAUACCGCAUUCAUCUCACCUUACAACUAACUUUACGCAUAAUAAAAUGUUUUGGGUUACACAUGUAUGCAUUAUUCACAUACACACACAUGAUGAAGCGGACAGGCUUUAGAGUGAAAAUAGAGUGAAGUCAAUCAAUUAAAUUAAAAUUACUAGUCAACGUGUAAUAGUCAAAUAGACACCAAAGAAAGCAUCGGGAUUAUAGUCUCCUAAUGUGUAUUAGUUUAAUAUAUAUUUCACGGGUUUAGAGUAAAACAAAGUUGUAUAAUUAGUUACUAACAGUCCAAGUUAAACAAAAGUGAACAAAUAGAAAAGGCGCGCUCGUGACGUGUGGAGUUAUGAAGCACGAGGGGACGGUAGAACACGAUAGAAGCGUUAGGAGAAGCACGACGCAUAGUGGCUCUCAUCUACCUCUUUAUAAAGAGUGAAGGAAAAGGAGAAAAAUUAGGGAGAAUUAAAGAAGGGAAGCAAAAAUGGAAUUGUCAGAGAAAGAAUUAAUCAAGAAAGAGAAGGGUAGUUAAGUGAAAAAUAAUAUAAGAUUCAAAGCAAGGAAGGUAAAAGCAAAUAAAGAAAUGGCAAUUGAGAAGGAAAGAAGGGGGAAAAAACUCAACUACACUUUUGGUUUCUCGUUAAGUUGAACAUGGAAAUACAAUGAAGACUCAAAAAAGCCGAAACAACAACAAUGACAACAACGCCAACAACACAAAACAACUUUAAAAUCAUCAGAAACAUAAACAACAAUGGUUCUAAUAUGUUAAUCAAAGAUUUUUCAAAGCAUUUGUUUAGACAGGAAUGGUUACACUAUGGCGGAUUAUCAGGGGGAGAAAACAUUCAUAAGGACUAUAUCUAUUCAAGUAUCUUAGAAAAUAUAUAAUUAAAUAAAAAUAAAAAGAAUUCCAAAAACA